AUGACUGUCGAGACAGUCACUCCUGUCCUAAAGGCACCGUCCAACUUCGGCCCUCUCAAAGAUCAAUCAAAGACGAAAAGGGUCCUCAAGCACCUUCGACCUCAUACGCAUAUCUCAUCAAACUUUGAUGACCUCAAAUUCAACGGCGCAGCAUCACUCCAACUCCAAUGGGAUCAGGAAGAGCAACAAUCGAUUCCUUCAACAAUUGCAGAUACACGCCUCAUCGCCUCUCCGUACAAUGACGCUCCUCACCUUUUAGAUCUAGAGGCCCUAGAUACCCAAAGUCGUCUUCUCGCGCUAGCACUAUCAUUCUUCAAACCAGUCCGCAAUGACUAUGCCACUGGGGAGUAUCUGGAGUCAUUUAACUGGAACGAGGUAUUUGACCUUGUGAAAACCUUUGCGGAAGCAGAGGGUCACAUCUGGACGAGACAGUCUUUCUACGUGGUGUCUUUCCGGUCCAAACUUCAACCGGGUGUUGAUCAAGAUCAUCUUCAUGCGCUGGAUGCAUAUUCUCAUCAGGAAGCUAUUACCAGUGGAGGCUUGUUGAAGUACUGGUUCGGCACGAAGAACGAGGAGAGGCAAAAUCUGGCAACUUGCAUUUGGCGCAGCAGAGAGGAUGCUAGGCUUGGGGGUCGCGGACCUUGGCACGCGAAAGCAAGGGCAGCGGCGAAGGAUUUGUACGAAUCGAUUGUCUUCUCGACGAAGGAAUUGGUCAUUGAAGAUGGAGUGAAGUCUUGGCAUCUCAGCGAUUAUAAAGAUGGACAUGCAUGA